UGCGCGGGGAAGAGUGUGUUUGUGACACUGCCGGCGGCGCUGUGAGGGCGCGAUGGGGGCGGGCGAUGGAGGAGGCACUCGGAAGGGACCCAUAUCGCUGCGACACCGCGGGGACUCCGUGAAGGGACGGCCGUGCGUCAGGCGCCGGCGCACGCUGAGGGAGCCGGGGCUGGGGUGGCCAUGGGAUCGUGGGCGUCGCUGGACGCGCUGUGGGAGACGCCGCCCGAGAAACGGAUCUUCGGGGCCGUGCUGCUCUUUUCCUGGACGGUGUAUCUUUGGGAGACCUUCCUAGCGCAGCGGCAGAGAAGGAUAUAUAAGACAACAACUCAUGUACCACCGGAAUUAGGACAGAUCAUGGAUUCUGAAACAUUUGAGAAAUCUCGACUAUAUCAACUGGAUAAAAGUACUUUCAGCUUCUGGUCAGGACUCUAUUCAGAAGUCGAAGGCACUUUUAUUCUUCUCUUUGGAGGAAUCCCUUACCUCUGGAGAAUUUCUGGACAGUUCUGUGGUUAUGCUGGCUUUGGACCAGAAUAUGAGAUCACUCAGUCCCUGGUGUUUCUGCUAUUGGCUACUCUUUUCAGCGCAUUGACUGGAUUGCCAUGGAGUCUCUAUAAUACUUUUGUGAUAGAAGAAAAGCAUGGCUUCAAUCAUCAGACUUUCGAGUUUUUUAUGAAAGAUGCAAUCAAAAAAUUUAUUGUGACUCAAUGUAUUUUAUUGCCUGUGUCUUCACUUCUGCUUUACAUAAUUAAAAUUGGGGGUGACUAUUUUUUUAUUUAUGCCUGGCUGUUCACAUUGGUUGUUUCUCUGGUCCUUGUUACAAUCUAUGCUGAUUAUAUUGCCCCUUUAUUUGACAAGUUCACACCUCUGCCCGAGGGAAAGCUUAAACAAGAAAUUGAAGUAAUGGCAAAGAAUAUUGACUUUCCUUUGACUAAGGUAUAUGUUGUUGAAGGAUCUAAGCGCUCUUCCCACAGCAAUGCUUAUUUUUAUGGCUUCUUCAAGAAUAAGCGAAUAGUUUUGUUUGACACUCUACUAGAAGAGUACUCAGCACUAAACAAGGAUAUCCAAGAGAAGUCUGGUAUGGAAGCUCACAAUGAUGGAGAAGGGGACAAUGAAGAAGUGAAAGCUAAAGUUAAAAUUCAGAAUAAGAAACAAGGAUGUAAAAAUGAAGAGGUACUUGCUGUACUAGGCCAUGAACUGGGGCACUGGAAGUUGGGACACACGGUCAAAAAUAUCAUUAUUAGCCAGAUGAAUUCUUUCCUGUGUUUUUUCUUGUUUGCUGUCUUAAUUGGUCGAAAGGAACUUUUUGCUGCAUUUGGUUUUUAUGACAGCCAACCCACUCUAAUUGGACUGCUGAUCAUCUUUCAGUUUAUUUUUUCACCUUACAAUGAGGUUCUUUCUUUCUGCCUAACAGUCCUAAGCCGAAGGUUUGAGUUUCAAGCUGAUGCAUUUGCCAAGAAACUGGGGAAGGCCAAAGACUUAUAUUCUGCUUUGAUCAAACUAAACAAAGACAACUUGGGAUUCCCAGUUUCUGACUGGUUAUUUUCAAUGUGGCAUUAUUCUCAUCCUCCACUACUAGAGAGACUUCAAGCUUUGAAAAAUACAAAGCAAGACUGAGGUGCUCAGGUUCUGUGACUGGAGGCAUUUCUGAUUAUUUGUCCUGGUUCCAGCUCUUGAUGUUUUUAAACUUUUUUUUUUUAAAUAAGAAUGAUUGAAUACAGAAAAGUCCAGAUUUAAAUAUAUUUAAUAUCUCAUUUCAAAAAUAAUUUUAUUCUUAAAACACUGUAAAAAUUUGAGGCUUAAUGUUUUUAAAAGCAUAGUUUCAUCUUUGACAUUUGAUUUAUCAUCUCUGUAAAUUCUUUAACAAAAUGCACAGCUGUUUUAUGUGUACACUUCUGCAGGAUCGGAGGGGGAGGGGGAGGGUUUACACCACCUGAAGCCUUCUGCAAAGCAGACACUUCAAUCUCCCAUCCUCCUGCUCAGGCCUGAGUUGAAGUCUCUUUUUACUUGUAUGCUGUUAUGACUUAAGCUAGCCAAUCAGUGAUUUAAAUUAGAAAGAAAAAUAAGGCUGUUACGUAAAUGAAAGUCAUUAAGACAUAUGCGCUACUGUUUACCAAAUUUAAAGUCUCUAGCUGCACACUGAUCAGGAAUUUCUAACAGUGCUUUCACAGUAGAAAUUAUGUACAGGAUGUUUUAAAUCGACUUUUGGGUUUUAAG